GUAAUAGAUUGCAUAAAAUCGGGAAAUUGUCAUAUGAGAUGAAAUAGUUCUCCCAUCCAACACAUUAAAGAUGGCGGACAAAGAUCGACUGUGUUCAGGGCCACAAGCAGAAGAUGAUUUCAAAAGUUCGGAGAAAAGGCCUUCAACCGGGGAAGAUAAUGGACCUCCAGCCAAAAAGAUAUCAAUGAAUUUCAAGUCAACUAAACUUGAUUUAAAGUCUUCAGGAAUAAAGAAACCAAUUGGGACAUCCUCAAUAAAAAUGUCUUUAGGCUCUCAGAAGCCAAAAGAAUCCCCUGUUAGUGUAAACUUAGUGAAAAAGAGUGGUACUGUAGCUAAAGCUUUUAAUUCAGAUAGUGAGAGUGACGAAGAAGAGAUGCCUCCAGAAGCUAAAAUGAGAAUGAAGAAUGUUGGCAGAGAUACACCAACUGCUGCUGGUCCAAAUUCUUUUGGCAAAGGGAAACUGGGGUUUACCAACCAUCAUCGAUUAUUAGAGAAAACAAUUGCAGAAGAAUUAGAGAAAUCUGGAGAUUAGAUUUUUUUAAGAUGAUUUAUUUUGUAUAAUAUUGUAUAUAAUAAAUGAAUACAUGUACGUUCAAUUAAGUAGAUGAUAAUUCAUACUUCAUAGGUUUUAUCCUAACCUAAUCUAUUAUGUUCAUCAGUUCAUCUGCUCUAUUCAUCAGUUAUCUUUUGUCUUCUUCACAUCAAUGCAUUAGCUAGCAAAAUGGCUCCGUGGUCUGCGAGUUAGAUCUGUAACCACAUAGUUGCAUGUUCAAUCCUCAUUGCACAGUCCCCAUCCAUCCAAUGGAUUUAAAAUAUUAAAAAAUUAAUGUAUGAACUUUUCAUUCAAAGGUGUCCAUAUCAAGCUGCUUUCUUGAGCAUCUAGAGCAUUGUUCUGUACAGGCCGUAGAAUUUUUUAGUGACAUGGCAAAAGUCGAUCUAGCCAUGUUUGAAAAUUGGGUUUUAAAAAUACAGUAUUUUUCCUUUACUGGGGUGCAAAAUGGCUGGUUGGUCAGAUUUAGUUUCAAUCAUUUUUCAUAGCCCUCGGUCAUCACUGAUAUGAAACCCACACCUGGACCAAAAUGUAUGUUUAAACACAAUUUAUCAUCACUUAUAUGUUCUUAUUAAGAUGCAGUUUUUUGGUUGAUUGGUUCCCUUAUUCAGGAUAUACUCCAAAUUGCAUAUUUACCCCAGGAAAUUUUGAAAUUUAUCUCAGAAAGGACACUGAUCUCGGAUGGCCAUAAUUUAUGUUAACAUUUGAUUUUUUUUGGGGGGGGGGGGAUUUAGGGGUUAUGCACAAUACCAAAAAGCAUAUAUCAGUCCAAAAAUGUUUGACUUAAAAGUCUAUAUUUGGUGUUUAUUCUUAAAUAUUGGAUCUUUUAGAAAAUGCUUUAAAUCUGUAAAUCAUAUAUUUUAGUUUACAUUCAAAAUAUAAAAAAAAUUAUAAAAUUAUGUUAAUAGCAGAUUGUGGAAAAUAUGAAUAAAAGUUUUUCCUGUACACCUUUA